AUGGGCCUCCCCUCGUUACUGUGCCUGCUGGUGACCCUGGGUGUCCACCGGGGGGUGCUCUCCCAGGCCCCCUCCACCCGCUCCUAUGGCGAACGGGGCUCCGACCUGGGGCUCCAGGUGUUCCAGCAGGUGGCCCGCUCCAGACCCCAGGAGAACGUGGUGCUCUCCCCUCACGGCGUGGCCUCUAUCCUGGGCAUGCUGCUGCCAGGCGCCCAUGGAGAGACCCGCAGGCAGCUCCUCACAGCACUCCGCUACAAGAAGAAUGGUAAGACUCCCUUAAUAAUAGUCCUUUCAUAGCCUCAUCCAGUGUCUCUCAUUAAAGGGAUACUGCGAGAUUCUGGCUUACCCAGAGUCCGAUGAACUCGUGGAUACCAUUUUUGUGUCUCUGCGUGCAAUAUGAAGGAAGUUGUAGGUAGUUUUGCAAGCCAAUGCUACAGUAACUAGUGUUAGCGUAAUGACUGGAAUUCUACAGGUAUGCUAGCGUAUGCUACUGUACCUGUAGACUUCCAGUCAUUGCGCUACCCAGAGGAACAACAUGAUGAUGACUUGAAUGACUUCCAGUCAUACUCCUACCCCGAGGAACAACACUGUUUUCAGAAAAUCCCAAAAUAUCUCAUUGAAAUUCCCCAACUCUUCUUUCCAGGCCCUUAUAAGAUGUUGAGGAAGCUCCACAAGACGCUGACGGCCAAGUCCAACCAGGACAUUGUGACUAUCGCCAAUGCUAUGUUCUCCCAGCAGGGCUUCCCUAUGGAGGAGGCUUUCAUGUCCUCCAACAGGGCCAACUUCCAGUGUGAGAGCCGGACCUUAGACUUCACUGACACCCAGGCUGCUGCAGCCGCCAUCAACGACUGGGUCAACAACCAGACCAAAGGUGAGACUGCAACUGGAUUCAAACUUACUGUAGGACAGUCAAUUAAAACAUGACCAUAGAUCUCUAAUGGUAUGUAAUUAGGUUACAUUCUAAUAGCGCCAGACUUUAUUUCACUAGGUCUUGUGAUGAUUUUACAUUCAAUGGGGGUAUCUAACUUGUCCUAUUCAAUUAAUGAAGGUUUAUAUUGGUCAGUGUGUCAUUGGUGUUGGAAUGAUACAUUUUUCUGACGGCUGUGUUCUAAUUUACAGGCCACAUCCCCACUCUGGUCAAGGCAGACAUGUUGGAUGGAGCUCUGACCCGCCUGGUAGCCGUUAACGCCAUCUACUUUAAAGGCCUGUGGAAGUCCCGCUUCCAGACAGAAAACACCAAGAUGAGAACCUUCAACGCGGGAGACGGCAAUGCAUACAAAGUCCCCAUGAUGUCCCAGCUGUCGGUCUUCAACAUUGGUGAGUUCUGCUCUGAGACCUAAGACACCACUUUGAACCCUUCUGACCUUCUCACUGGGAUAAUAUUUUGACCUGCAUGUGAAAUGAUAUACUGUCUGCUGUAGUUAGACCCCAUAAUUCCAUCUUGACUGUAGUUUAGCCUAUUAAGUGACGUGGAUAGAGUUUGCCAUGUAGGCUUAAGAGUAGUCGAGUUGGGUAUUUAUCAAUGCCUUACAGCUUCAGCACAGAAUAGCGACUGUCUGGGAUUAUUUCCCUGACAGCCUAGUUCAUUUCUGAGAGUAAAUUGUGAAAGACUCUUGAAUAAAAUUACUGCAAUAAAACAAUGCUCUUGGGAAUCAUAUUUUCAUCCUCCAUUUACAGAGAAAAUACUACAAAGCAACACAUUUGGCAAGCAUACUUCUCAGACAUAAAUGACAGAUUAAAUCUCUUUUGAUAUUUGAGUAUAAUGGGAAACAUAUUGUUGCUUUAGUACAACAUGUGGAGUUCAGCUUUGAUUACUUGUUGUAUGGCUGUUUCACAGUAUGACUAUAUGGUCCUGUCUAUAAAUGCUUGUGUUGUUGGAUUGGUAUCACUGUGGUUUUGGCAUUUUUGUCUUGCCACAUCCCACCACAGAUUGUUCUGGGAACCAACAAACACCAUCCUUGUCAUUAUGCAACUAAAGUCAAACUAGGCUAGAAAACUAACAUAUUAAUGUCACUAUAGAGGAGAGAUAUAGUAUUUAUUCACAAGAUGACUAUCCUCAUAAAGGUGUUGAAUAAUGUCAGAAUUUCAGAUGGACCAUGAAUACAGUAACACUUCUUAGCCUACGAUAUGAAUAUCCCUCACCCCUGACCCCUUAUCUCCUAGGUCUGGCCAGCACACCCCAAGGGCUGAAUUAUAAGGUCAUUGAACUACCGUAUCACGGCAACAGCAUAAGCAUGCUGAUCGCCCUGCCAUCAGAGGAGGACACGCCCCUAGGUGAUGUCAUCCCUCACAUCAGCACAGCCACUGUACAGAGCUGGUCCAAGCUGCUGCACCAGAGGAAGGUCCGCUUGCUGCUGCCCAAGUAAGACCCGAACACAACAACCCACUCACUGGUUCAAAAACCCUUACCCAAGAUCCUGUUCAGGAGGGUGCAAUGUUCUUAACACAUUGCAGUUAAAAAUAUAUUGUAUAGAGCUGACGUUAUUGCCCACUACAUGACAGAGAAGCGUGUUGGUAAUGUUGCACCCCAAUGACCAGGUAACUUCCAGGUACUGUUGCAGGGACAGGUCAAAGACAAGACACACCCACUCCUGGCUCUUAUGGCCAGGAAGCACUUCCUAUCACCUGCUAACACUCAUCAUAUGUCACACUUAAAUGACUAACUCCUAGGUACAACAUUGUGCAAUCUUGCUAUUUGUUAUGUGUAUGAAAAGUCUUCACUAAUUGGUGAAGGAAAUGCUCAUUACGUCAUUGGCCUGUGUUGUGUGUAGGUUUACAGCUGAAGCCGAAGUGGACCUGCAAGCCUCCCUCUCAGCCCUGGGGAUAACAGACAUCUUUGAUAAGGGCAAAGCCGACUUCAGACACCUCAGUGAGUGGCACUGGGAUCAUAAAUCAAACAUCACAUAGAACUGUAAUGUCUUCUUUCUGACAGUGUAUCAACCAUUGACACAACAAUGACUGGUGCUAAUAUAUGAAAGCAUCGUUUACUGUAAUGAGAGCUCCAAAUAGCCAUGAUUCAUGUCUAGCUGUCCGGUGUGAAGUGGCCUUAUAUCCUUAUAUAAUGGACCAGAAUUAAUAUGUGCAUAAUAAUUGGGUUGUCCUGUAGCAACACCCAGUGGGACAUUGUUUUUAUCAAUGGAACUUUACAGCACUUUAAUAUUUUGUCAUCCAACUUUUCCCUCAGGUACAGAGCCUGUGUAUGUAUCUAAAGCUCUACAGAAGGCCUUGAUCGAGGUCAAUGAGGAUGGAACCAAAGCAGCUGCUGCCACGAGUGAGUGUUUGUUGGUUUAGUCAUUUUUGCUUCUGUUUGUAUUUAGUUUAGUGUGUGUGAAUUGAGUUUUGCAUCUGUGUGGAUAUUCUCUCUGAAUAUUAGAGGAGAUAAGGCAGGUUGAAGACUUAAGUGUUUUUGUUUGUAUUUCUCAUUUUUCUCCAGCUGCCAUCUUAAUGGCCAGGUCUUCUCCACCUUGGGUCAUCGUAGACCGACCCUUCCUCUUCCUCAUUCGGCACAACCCAACAGGUACAGCAUGCCGCCUGUCUCUGUCAAUCUCUCAUUUUUCUAUUACUUUUAGAAUGUACUCUAAUGGUUUCAAAAGACUGACAUCCUAUUUGGCAAAGAUCACUAGUUGUUGAACUAGCUGUUGUGUAAUUGACACGACAUACACUACCAGUCAAAAGUUUGGACACACCUACUCAUUCAAGGGUUUUUCUUUAUUUUGUACAAUGUAGAAUUAUAGUGAAGACAUCAAAACUAUGAAAUAACACAUAUGGAAUCAUGUAGUAACUAAAAAAGUGUUAAACAAGUCAAAAAUAUAUUUUGAGAUUCUUCAAAUAGCCACCCUUGAUAACAGCUUUGCACACUCUUGGCAUUCUCUCAACCAGAUUAAUGAGGUAGUCACCUGGAAUGCAUUUAAAUUAACAGGUGUGUCUUCUUAAAAGUUAAUUUGUGGAAUUUAUUUCCUUCUUAAUGCGUUUGAGCCAAUCAGUUGUGUUGUGACAAGGUAGGGGGGGGGUAUACAGAAGAUAGCCCUAUUCGGUAAAAGACCAAGUCCAUAUUAUGGCAAGAACAGCUCAAAAAGCAAAAAGAGAAACGACAGUUAAUCAUUACUUUAAGACAUGAAGGUCAGUCAAUACGGAAAAUUAAGAACUUUUUAAGUUUCUUCAAGUGCAGUUGCAAAAACCAUCAAGGGCUAUGAUGAAACUGGCUCUCAUGAGGACCACCACAGGAAUGGAAGACCCAGAGUUACCUCUGCUGCAGAGGAUAAGUUCAUUAGUUACCAGCCUAAGAAAUUGCAGCCCAAAUAAACGCUUCAGAGUUCAAGUCACAGACACAUCAACAUCAACUGUUCAGAGGGGACUGUGUGAAUCAGGCCUUCAGGGUCGAAUUGCUGCAAAGAAACCACUACUAAAGGACACCAAUAAGAAGAGACCUGCUUGGGCCAAGAAACACGAGCAAUCUCCAAAUUUGAGAUUUUUGGUUCCAACCGCCGUGUCUUUGUGAGACGCGGUGUGGGUGAACGGAUGAUGUCCGCGUGUGUAGUUCCCACCGUAAAGCAUGGAGGAGGAGGUGUUAUGGUACUUUUCUGGUGACCCUGUCUGAUUUAUUUAGAAUUCAAGGCACACUUAACCAGCAUGGCUACCACAGCAUUCUGCAGCGAUACGCCAUCCCAUCUGGUUUGGGCCUAGUUGGACUAUCAUUUGUUUUUCAACAGGACAAUGACCCAACACACCUCCAGGCUGUGUAAGGGCUAUUUUACCAAGAAGGGGAGUGGUGGAGUGCUGCAUCAGAUGACCUGGCCUCCACAACCCCCCAACCUCAACCCAAUUAAGAUGGUUUGGGAUGAGUUGGACAGCAGAGUGAAGGAAAAGCAGCCAACUAGUGCUUAGCAUAUGUGGGAACGCCUUCAAGACUGUUGGAAAAGCAUUCCAGGUGAAGCUGGUUGAGAGAAUGCCAAGCGUGUGCAAAGCUGUCAUCAAGGCAAAGGGUGGUUAUUUGAAGAAUCUCAAACAAAAUAUAUUUGGAUUUCUUUAACACUUUUGGUUCCUACAUGAUUUCAUAUGUGUUAUUUCAUAGUUUUGAUGUCUUCACUAUUAUUCUACAUUGUAAAAAUAAAGAAACCCUUGAAUGAGUAGGUUUGUCAACUUUUGACUGGUACUGUACAAUCGGGAAGCAGGUCAGGUCAUAUUCUGUCUUUGUUUUUCUACUUAUUGACAUGUUGACCAUGUUCAUUUCCUUCAAUUUGCUGUAGAAUUACUUGUUUAUUAUUAUUGUUGUUUCCUUGGUCCUCAGGUACGAUCCUCUUCAUGGGCCAGGUCAAUCAGCCUUGAGCCUUUCCAGCCUGCAGAUAUCCCUUUCACUGGAAUGUGCCUUCAGAGCUUCAAAAUAAUACAUGAAUAUACACAGCAAACACUUCCUUGCUCACAUGCAAACACACCUAUACAACACUUGCACACAAACAAAAUUCACACUCAUACUCAGACUUGUAUUUGUGUACAAUGUGGACAUAUUAUGAUGUUAUUUGUUUUAAAUGUUUGCAUUUGAUUUGACUUUUAUUAUGGUCCAUAAUAUAGUGUUCUGCCAAUGAGACAUUUCCAUAGUGUUUUAAUUAUCCUCUGUAUACUUUCUAGAGUAUUUGCUAGCUUUUUUAUAUGACCCUGAAUGUCAAACGUGUAUAUUAUAUAGAGUACAUUAUAUAGUGUACAUUUCAGUUUGAAUUAAUGUUAUUGGUGGUUUUACAUGUUCAUUUUAAGAUUGGAAAGUUACACUUCAAGUCCCUGAAUUAAUUUAGCCACUCAAACCCAUGUUUUGAUAUGUCAAUCAUUUGCAUUAAACUCUGUUUGAGGACUCCUAUACUUUGAAUGAAUUUUUUAUUUUUUCAUAUGUAAUGUAACAAUUACCAUCUGUUGUUGAGGUGGAUGAGUUGGUAUUUUGACAAACUUAAAAUAUUGAGGGGUGUGCUUAAAUAAACAC